AUGAGUACGGUACUGGCAGCAACCAAUCAGAGUAAUAUUAGUUCAUGGCUUAUCGAUCGUUUUUCUACUUAUAAAAAAUUACUGCGCGUCUGUGCAUGGAUAAAGCGAUUUAUUUAUAAUAGUAAACUACAAAAACACUUGCGUAGUUCAGGAGAGUUAUCUGUUGAAGAACUGCUCGAGUCCGAAUUGUUUAUGUUAAAACUUGUUCAAACGGAGGUUUUUGCCAAUGAGAAAGACAAGAGGCUUGAAGUUUUGAAGGCAUUUAAAGACGAUAAAGGGUUGAUACGGUUGAAGACUAGAAUUACGGAAAGAGACGAUACGUACAAUUUUCGGUACCCUAUUGUCUUACCUGCUUGUCAUGAUCUAGUCACACUAUUGAUUAAAGAGAAACACGAUAAGUUGGGGCACGCUGGUGUACAGAUUUUGCUUAAUAAUUUAAGAGAAGAUUAUUGGGUUCUGGGAGGCCGAAAGGCCAUUCGCGCCGUAUUAAAAGGAUGUUCUACUUGUCAACGAUACAGUUCGAAGCCAAUGGAAGUAAUAUCAGCUCCUCUUCCUUUAGAUAGAGUAAGAGAUGCUGCUAUUUUCGAGGUGACUGGCGUCGAUGCUGCUGGCCCUAUUUUUUUGAAAGGACCGCAGAAAGCUUGGAUUAUAUUGUUUACGUGCGCGGUGUAUCGAGCCGUACAUCUUGAGCUGGUUACCUCGCUGUCCACUGUUGCCUUUAUAGAUGCGCUUAGACGUUUUAUUUCGAGACGUGGUCGACCUUCCAUUAUCUAUAGCGACAAUGGAAAAAAUUUCGUAGGUCUUGACAAUCUAUUAAAGCUGGUUGAUUGGCAGAAAGUCGAAAAAUUUGGUACGAUUAAUAAAAUACAAUGGCGGUUUAAUCCACCUUCUGCCGCGUGGUGGGGCGGAUGGUGGGAGCGUUUAAUCGGAGUAUUGAAGCGAUUGUUGCGACGUAUAUUGAAAAAGGCGUGCUUGAGCUACGAAGAAAUGCUUACUGUUUUGUACGAUUGUGAGGCAGUAAUAAAUUCGCGGCCGCUGACAGCUAUGUCUGACAAUGCGCAAGAUUUUGUCCCGUUAACCCCGUCGAUGUUCCUACAAGAGAUUAAAGAGGUAGGCGUCCUCGAUUGCGAUUUUUUGGAGCGAUGUAGACUAGAUAAAAGAUUUGUAUAUCGUCAAAGUAUUAAAGAUCAGUUGCGAAGUCGUUUUCGUAUAGAGUAUUUAGGCGAACUAAUGUAUCACGAUAAUAAAAGGAGUAAAAGGAUCCGUCAACCACAAAUAGGCGAUAUAGUAUUGAUAGGAAAUGACAACCAAAAAAGGCUCGACUGGCCCCUAGCGCGAGUAACUGAGUUGAUUUUAGGCAAAGACAACAAACCUCGUGUUGUACGUUUGAAAACGGCUUCAGGAGAAUUGACGAGACCCGUGCAAAGAAUUUAUUCCUUAGAAAUGGAUGACGAGUUUAAUGUUAACAAAAAUGUUUUAAUCGAAAAGCGAAAAGAGAGUCUUAAUAGCGAUUGUCUAGAUUAG